AGGACUUUUGUCUUUACUAAAGAUUGCUUGACAUGGUAAUAAUAGGUUUGAGUCCUAAUCAAGUUGGCAUUAUUAGACAAGCCUUGUGUGCAUGCAUUUUUACACAUUUGUGUCAGGAAUGGUUGCAACCUAAACUUUCUGCAGAGUAGUAUUCAUUAGAAGGGGUGUCUACAAACAUUUGGACAUAAAGUGUGUGUAUAUAUACAUAAGUAAGUGUAUGUAAGUGUAUAAACUUUGCAGCUGGUUGUAUUAAUGGCUAAGAAUUUGAAUAAAAACAAUACAGCAGCCAAGACUGGGUUCUCCAGAGCUUCUUAGCACACAGAUUGUUGUUAAAUGGUUGAGCGAACAUCACAAUAAACACUCUCUAUCAACCAUUAUCAUCUUAUUAGUAUGACACUUUUUGAAAAGUGCAAUGGAAGUUCAUUUUGGAUAAUUUCUAUUAGGGCUAUGUACUGACAAGGACAUCACAAUAUCACAAUACAGGGCAUAUAUUGCACUAAAUUGUUACACUGUGACUAAGGCAAUAUACUACAAUAAUUAAAUCAAAUUUUAGGAAAACUAUCAUAGUAUAAAAAACUAAUUAUCAUAUUAAUAAACCCUCUAUUGGGAUAUAUUGAUACAAGGAGUACAACACUGCUAUCUAGUGGGAGUGGUUUAAACACAACACAAAAUUAGUUUAUUUACAGUAUUGUAAAACAAGAUGUGUGAAGAUUGUGUUACUUCAAUAUAUGUAUUGAUAUGUUCUUACACCCCUAAUUUAUUUUGCCUUAAAGUAUUAUGUCUGUGAGAGUAUGAUGGUGAGAGUAAGCUGAAGGUAUCUGCCUCAAUACCUUGCUGCUCAUAAGUCACCGCCUUUUAAGGUGCCUGUAACCAUAUUGUGUUUGAAACACAUUUAGAAUGGAUCAAUACCUGCGAAAAUGCUGACCGCUGACUGCUGACCAUUAGCUAGCCUCCCAAAAUCGCUCAAACAAAAGUAAGCAGCAUUUGUUCCGCUUCAGACGCUCUGGCAGAGUGUAGAGGACAGAAACUAAGCAAGGAGAAAUUAGACACUCCUCCUACCUGGAGAGGGGGAGGUGCUUGCAAUGUCAGCAGAGCUUACUGAGACAGUGAAAGAGGGAGAGAGAGAGGGAGGGAUAAACAGCUUCAGAUGUGAGUGGGAAGUGCUGUCAGGGACACAGGAGGGCUGCAUUCCUCACAAGCUUUUAGAGCCGUUAACCGCUAGCAGCUCUGCUUAAAGUGUAUCCACAGCACAGCACAGCUGCCCCACACACACACACACACACACACACACACACAGAACACACCUUUACUGGAGUUCAUCCUGCUUCAGCCUGCCCUGCCUCUGUUUCUCUGAAGGAGCGUAACUGUCGAAGAACAGGAGAUUUAUCAAGUUCAGAGUAAAGGAAGCAAAGAAGGAGAUUCACCACGGUGACCGGGCGAGCCACCUGAAACCACACAUUCCACACACAUUUAUCUACCUGCUGCUGUUGGAGGGGGUGUGACCACACCAGGCCUGGAGUGUAACCAAUAGGCAGUCCCCUGUUGGGAACCUGCACCAGGUCAUGCAGUGCUGAUCACACCCGGUCUGUUCUGAUCCCGGCUGAGCUGAGGUCCAGUGUGUAGCUGAUGGAGCUCAAGGUGUGGGUGGACGGCGUGGUGAGGGUGGUGUGCGGCCUGUCCGAGGAGACAUCCUGCCAAGAUGUGGUCAUCGCCUUGGCUCAGGCUAUAGGGCAGACAGGCCGUUACGUACUCAUUCAGAGACUGAGGGACACAGAACGACAGCUUCUGGCCAAUGAGCGUCCUCUGGAGUCUCUGGCCAAGCUUGGGCAGCACGGCAGUGAGGUGCAGUUUUACCUGCGCCGCACUGGCCCCAGCAGUAGCAGCUCCAGCGACGGCCAGGACCAGCAUGACCGCAGUCUGCCUCUCCACAAAGCAUCUGAACCAGAGCCUAUAAAACGUGGAGCACCCAAAAAAUCCCUCACCUUCAACCUGGGCCCUUCCAGUUCCCCACGUGCCAAACUCAAACAGUCUCGUAAGAGUCUGGGCCACAGAGACUCCCCUGAGCUCAGAGCAUCUCCAUCUCCAGUGCCUUUCUUCCUCCCUGGACCGUCCAAAGAAGAGGUGUUCCGGCAUGUCCUCCAGCAGCAGGAACGUCUGCAUGCUCUAGAAGCAAAACUGGAGGUGCUUGAGCACGAAACGCAGUCGUGUGAACGACAUCCUGGCCCAGAACCCCGACUGCAGGAGGAGAUGGAAGCCCUGGAGAAGACGAUGAUGAGGAACCAGGCUGAGCUGGCCCACGAGGAGCUGUGGGAGGAGGAGCUCAGGGCUGAAACGGAACGAGAGAAGGCCAUGAGGCGUCGGCUUGGAGAACUGCACGCAAAGCUGGAUGAGUGUGGCCGCAGGCUGCUCGAGUUCACUGCACGAUCCGCACAGCUGGAACAGGACAUUCAGAGGGAGCGGCUGCAGGCCGAGCGUCCUCCCGGCCAGGCAGGACCAGAGGAGUCUGUAGGUGUGGUGAAGGCAGAGCUUCAGAGUCAGCAGAAGCAUGGUGAGGAGCUGGAGGUGGAGCUCGUGGAGACCGUGAACGCUUUGGGAAUGGCGGAGGAUCUCCUGCAGACUAAGCAGGAGGAACUGGAGGAGCUGAAUAAAGAGCUGAGGCAGUGUAACCUGCAGCAGUUUAUCCAGCAGACCGGAGCACUUCCAGCCACGUCAUCUUCCCGCACGGACCUCCAUCAACAACUAGAUCAACUGGAGCUGGUUCAGCUACUGCAGAACAGAUCUAUAGACAAUGACUCCCCCCCGCGCCCCACCGCUAAGCAGUUCCUGGGCCAUCCACGCAACCUGCAGCACCCGCUGGUGUCCAGCCUCAACCCUGAGGUCCUGACAUCCAGGGAGUCGUCUUGGAGGUAAAACCUGGACAGCAGGGCCAAGGAUCUCUUAUUACACCUUACUGUACUUAACCACCUACUGUUUUAAUGACCUGCUCAUCAGUGUGUAACCAUCUAUUAUAGUAUAUUGUCUGUAUAUACAAAUAUAUACUGUAUAUUGCCUUUUUGUUACACUGCAGAUACAUGUAUUUACUGUAAGAUAUUACCAGAAAGAUAUAUAUAUCUAGAGAACUAUUACUUUUGUCAAUGUAUUUAAGUAUAAUAAAGACGGUGCAUUGUGUUUUAGAUAA